AUGCAAAACCCAGUAGGAAAAAUUUAUACACAUUGUAUAUACAUUAUUCUGUUAAUAUUAUUUUAUAAUGUUCAAAAUGGAUUGUCUCAACUAAAUCCAUAUUUUCAAUUUAUACCACAAAAUGAUAAUUUUCAUACUAAAACAUAUGAUUAUUCAGAAGGAUUUGAUGAAGAUAGUUUCACUUAUGAGUUACAAUAUCCAAUCCCAAUAUAUGAAACACUAAUUAAAAAAAUUACUAUCCGCAAAAAUGGUCUUCUAGCACUAGAUAGCAUUUCUGAAGAUAAUUUGCCAUCAGCUUAUCCUGUCAAUACGAGUAUCACAAAUCAACGUUUACAAGAUUUUGAUGGACGAUAUUUAAGCAUUUUUAGUUCAGUGAAUGAUGGAAAAUCUGGAAGAAUUCGUGUCACUGAAAUUGAUUUGCUGUCCCCUUCAAAACUACCAUGUGUAGAGAGAAUGCAAAUAGAUCGUCUAAUAAAAUUUAUACAUUUAUCAUAUAUUGAAGAAGCUGAAUUAAAGGCUCAGUAUAUUGUACAUAUACUGUGGGAAAAUAUGACAAGCGCUUACUUAAUCAACCAAAAAGCUAAUACGUAUGGAAUGAUAAUAAUUUCUAAUGGAAUACGUUCUUACGCUUUCAUGCAAUACAUACAAGUUGAGUGGAAUGAAAAUGAUGUCGCAGAGAAUCUAGCUUUACCACCUGAAUCUGGUAUAUUUAUGAGACCUUUGGGAGGUUAUCAGUUGCCAAGAAGUUCUCAAGCUGUAGAACCAAAUAUAUGGUUAACUGAAACAAAUAUAGCUCUACAUGGAGAAUGGCUUGUUCCUUUAUACAAAUCGGAAAAUAUAGCCACAAUAAAUGUCAAGAAUUUAAGUACAGUUGCCAGUGAAUUUGUUGCAUCUUUGGCAAGUAUUUGCAAGGGUUCACUUCAUUCACUUAAAUCAAACAACGAAACACCAUCUGAUACGGUCGUCAUUAAAAACGUAAACACUGAAAAUACAUCAGAAGAGCCGAUUGCUAGAACACAUAGUUUUAAAAGAGCUCUGGAAAACCUUGAAAAUUAUGACCUUAACGUUUCAACAAAUGACUAUAGUUAUGGAAUCACUGAAAAUGUACCGAAAGCUGCAUGGAAUAUCCUGAGAGAUGAAGCUGAAAUCUCAGGUGUUGACCCUUUUAAUCAGAACGAAGUGAAUAUUCUACCAGAGAAUGAAACUGGGAAUAGCUUUUAUCAUGAGAGUAAUCAAUUUGUUGUUGAUAAUAAAGAGCACACAUACACAGACACAAUUACGGCACAAACUUACUAUCCUUUGGGUCGGUAUGAUGGAGAUGAGGAAAGGCAGGAGGUACAUGAACCUCUUAUUGUACCGGUCACUAUACACCCGUUGAGUGACGACGAUGACGAUGAAGUUCUAAUCAGUAAUAACGGAGAAUACAAAUCCACGAAUGAAACUUUUUCAAACGAUCUGGUCAAAUGUGAUGCUGUUAGUGAGUGUAAUAGUCAUAACACAGAAUGUUAUCGAGUCGAUAACGCUGCCUGCUGUAUAUGUAGUGAUGGAUUUUUCGGUGCAGGAAAUGCCAAGUGUUGGUCUGAAGUCAAUGAUCAUAAAUUUUCUUUUUCUGGUUCCCUAACUGCACGCUUUGGUAGUGAACAUUCCAGUUCACCUCUGCAUAUUUAUCUGGAUAUUCAACAUGGUUCAUUAAGACGCAGUUCUAGUGGAAUUCGUGGUGGUCAGACAAACGACAGAAUUUAUUCAACUAUACGUCUAAUUACACCUGUAUUCCACAUUUUAAACUCAAUGAUUUCUAGUCCUUGUGAAAAUAUUCCGAAACGUGAACGUGUUUAUAAUCUUUUCACGUUAGGAAAUGGAUUACAACGUCCUUUCAAGGUGUUAUUCCAGUUUGAUAUUGAAAGAGUUGGGAAAUUUACAAUCCAGGCCAUACUUGAGCUACGCGAUUUCACAACAGGAGCAUACGCUAGUGGUGUAAUAGAAUUAGAGGCGUUUAGUACAGAAAAUUUAAACUUACUCGAUCGGUCUUAUAUAGAGGCUUACAGUGCUUCUGAUAAGCCAGAUAAAACGUAUUACGCCAAUUAUAAAAUUGAUGAUCAUGGCCGUAUUGUAUUUCCAGAGCAAACUGUUAAAUUUAUUGUUGAGCAUCGUGACUCAAAUGAAAUAAGUAAUUUUCCUGAAGAAAUUAAUGUACAUUGGUCUGCUGUUGCUGAAUCAGAAAGUUGCUUGCUCAAACAAGUCAGCUCUGUACCUAAGAAUAAAUGGUAUUAUAUUCGUCUUAAAGAUCGUGGUUACUGUAGUGAGGAUUGUUCUGCACCAGAUGGCUCUUGUAAUUUAUUCUGUGUAGAUGAACCUUUGUUAUUAGCCACAGAACCAAGUCCUUGUGAUUGUGUAACAUGUGAUCGUCAUGGUGAAGUGUGUCGACCAGAGGGCGCGAGUUAUAGAUGUGAAUGUGGUCAGGGCUUGAAGCUAAUGCCUGAUAACACAUGUCAAGCCACUUCACUGGUGGAUGUAGCUAACUAUCUUGGUGUACAGUGUGGUUCUAUCAAUUGUCAUACUCAUGCUCGCUGUAUUGAUCCAAAUCAAGCGUUUUGUCAAUGUUUACCCGGUUACAGAGGAGAUGGUGUUAGCCAUUGUGAAAAUGAUCCAUGUUCUAAAUGUCGUCGUAAUGAGAUUUGUGAAAAUGGUAUAUGUAUAGCAAGUGGUGUUGAUCUAUGCGAAGGGGUUCAGUGUGAAGAACAAGCCUUCUGUCAAGAUGGUGCAUGCGUUUGUACACCAGGUUAUACUGGAGACCCAGUUGUCAAAUGUUAUGAAGAAAGAGAUCCAUGCGCUGAUGUUAGGUGCCAUCCCUAUGCUAAAUGCAGAAAUGGUAACUGUGAGUGUCCACCUGACUAUGAUGGUGACGGUUAUCAAGUUUGUAAUCCACGUAAUUAUGAUCCUUGUUCUCUUGUACAAUGUCAUUAUGAUGCAACAUGUUACAAUGGUGUUUGCACGUGUAGAAAUGGUUAUAUUGGUGAUGGUUAUAGAGAGUGUAGACCUAGAGAAACUGAUUUAUGUCAUCACAUUCAAUGCCAUCCAUAUGCACAGUGUAAAAAUGGGCAGUGUCAUUGUAUUGAAGGUUAUGUUGGUGAUGGAUAUUACGAUUGUCAUGUAAGAGAUCCUUGCACUGGUGUAAAAUGUCACCACUAUGGAGAGUGCAUCAGUGGACGAUGUCAUUGUCUUAAAGGAUACGAAGGUGAUGGGUAUUAUAAUUGUAGGGAAACAGUCAGUGAUCCAUGUUCAAAUGUGCGAUGUCAUCCUAAUGGUUAUUGUAAAAAUGGACGUUGUUUAUGCUUAAACGGUUAUGAAGGAGAUGGUUAUUAUGAAUGUCGUCCAUUUUAUAAUGAUCCUUGUGUGGGAGUACAGUGUCAUUCUAAAGCAGAAUGUCGAAAUGGUUAUUGUCGUUGCCUGAAUGGCUACGAAGGGGAUGGUUUUCAUUAUUGUUAUGCAAUGCAAGAUGAUCCGUGUUCUAGUAUGAGAUGUCAUAUAAACGCUAAAUGCUUUGAUGGUGAAUGCCGAUGUUUGGACGGCUAUCAGGGAGAUGGAAAACAUUAUUGUGAUCCUAUUCCUCAGGACCAGUGUCAAAAUAUUCGAUGUCAUGAGUUUGCAAACUGUCAAAAUGGUAGAUGUCAAUGUAAUGCAGGUUAUGAAGGAGAUGGUUACUGGGAGUGUAAAUCCAUAAAAAGCGACCUUUGCAAAUAUGUUCGAUGUCAUGAAAAUGCGAAAUGCAAUGAAUACGGUAAAUGUCAGUGUCUUGAUGGUUAUUCAGGAGAUGGAUAUUAUGAAUGCCAGAAAAGUUCACAAGAGUUAUGCGCUGGUGUUCAGUGUCAUCGUUUCGGUCAAUGUUAUGAAAAUCGAUGCUACUGCAGUCAUGGAUAUGUCGGGGAUGGGGUUAACUUUUGUGACGCACGUGCAAACGAUCCAUGUGAUGGCAUCCGUUGUGCCGCUAAUGGACGUUGCCAGGAUGGUCGAUGUGUAUGUGAUCCUGGUUAUACAGGAGAUGGUUACAAUGAAUGUCGAGAAUCUGAGGGUGUGAAUUUAUGUGGUAAUGUACAAUGUCAUCAAUAUGCUACAUGUGAUAGAGGACAAUGUCGUUGUGUUACUGGUUAUGAUGGUGAUGGUUAUUCAGAUUGUCGACCAGUUACAGAGGAUAAGUGCUCACGAGUGAGAUGUCAUCCAGAUGCUCAAUGUACUGAUGGUUAUUGUUUCUGUCCAUCUGGUUUCGAAGGAGACGGAUAUUACGAGUGUAAACGAAUCACUCAAGAUCGCUGUGCGAAUGUUCGGUGUCAUGAAAAUGCUAAAUGUGACGACGGGUAUUGUCGUUGUAAAGAAGAUUUUGAGGGUGAUGGCUACAGUGAGUGUAGACGUAAAAGUAAAGAUCCAUGUGCACGUAUUCACUGUCAUCCACAAGCUCAGUGUGAGUAUGGGUUUUGCCGCUGUAAAAAUGGUUAUAAAGGUGAUGGCUAUUGGAAUUGUCAGCCUAUACAAAGUGAUCUAUGUCGGGCAGAACAAUGCCAUCAGUUCGCUAGAUGUGUUGAAGGUCGAUGCCGCUGUUUGGAUGGAUAUGAAGGAGAUGGCUACCAGAUGUGCAAUAUAAUACCUGGAGCAACUUCAGCAGAUUGUGGUAAUUGCAAUGGUAUACCUUUUAAAGAACUAGCACAGUGUGUUGGUGGACGAUGUAUUUGUGCUCGUGGAUUUAUUGAAGUCCAGCCAGGUGUCUGUAUGGAAUGUGUGCAAGAUAAUUGUCAUCAGGAUGCUGUCUGUCGACCGGAUGAAAGAUUUAAUGGCGCUUAUUCGUGUCAUUGUAAAGCUGGUUUCACUGGAGAUGGAGUAUCUGUUUGCAAGCCUGAAAGUGUAGGUAGAGAAGAUGCCACAUCAUCACAUACCAUUGAUCCUACAUGCGGUGGAGGCUGUAGGACACGAAAUGCGGAAUGUGAUCGAUAUACUGGGACGUGUAAAUGUCGAUCAGGUUAUGAUGGAGAUGGAGAGAGAGGUUGCUACUGGAAUUGUAAGCUGUGUCAUUCGAGUGCAAUUUGUGAUCGUGAAAACGAAAGAUGCAUUUGUCCAUCUGGUUAUCGUGGAGAUGGACAAACAUUUUGUGAACGAAUUCCAGUUAGACAAGAUUCUAUAAAAGUUCGAAUAAUGGGAGAGGGAGAAGUAAUGCAUAUUACAGAUAUAUCUCAUCCACUUGAAUUAAGAUGUUUCGUGACUGGGAGCGAUCAGUCAUAUUCUGGCCAGUGGAUUAAACCACAUUCUGCUCAAGAACCAAUAAUGACUAAAACUAGACAACAAGACGGCUAUGAAAUUUCUCUGCUCAUAAAUCAACCUACAAUAACUGAUAGUGGAAGGUAUGAGUGCCGUGCAGGGAAUGUUGCUGCUUUCAUAGAUGUAAAUGUGGAAGAAUCAGCAAUUCCAUUCACUGUGCUACUUACAAGUGAUGAUGGGAUUCUAAUGACACAAUCUACCGAUUCAAAUGUAACCAAAGCUACUCUAUGGAAUAUUGCUGAAAAUAACAAGUAUGGACGUGUCUCCAUGGUUGGCGAUUGUAAUAGUCAACGAAUUAUAUAUACAUCUGAUUAUGGUCAUACUAUCCGAUGGGGUAAUUCAAACUCUGGACAAAAUAAGUUGGUGACAAAAGAAAUAUACACUUCUCAAUUUAACCGAUUUCGUAAUUUGGCGGUAGAUUCAUUAUCUGGAAAUGUAUUUGCCUGGGAAGAGGCCUUUGGGAAAAUUAUGGUAUUCAAUCCAAAUAAACCAAAUAUUCAUUAUACACUUGAAAGUUUACAUAGCUUAACUUCCUCUGAACAACAGAAUUUCGCUGGACUAGCUUUGCAUUCCACAUUAGGUCUAAUGUACUGGGCAAUAUACACAGACGGUUGGAGACCGAAUGGUACAAUUCAAGUUGCUUCAAUGUCUGGUGAAAAUGAGGAGCAAUUAUUACAAUUAACUGGUGAACCACUGGCAAUUAGUAUAUCACCUGCAACGCCAGUUAAUGGUAAUUCCGCUGGAAAAUUAUGCUGGAUGCAAAGAUCUUCUAAAGGAAUGUUUGGAUUAGUAACUGAAUUACAUUGUGCACGAUUAGGUCAAACGGGAAGAGAGAUAUUAACCAAUGAAAAGAUAAGAGAAUUUAGUCCUUCUGAAGAACCAUCGUUUGGUAUGACACAGUAUAAAGGAACAUUAUUGUGGACAGACGCUACAAAGACAGUUUAUUACUCUAUCAAUCCUGAUCGCCGAAUACGUGUCCGUUAUGUCUGUUGUUCUAAUCGUUUCCAAGCCUUAUCAGUACUAGGUGAUUGUCCACAAGCUUCAACUAAUCCAUGUACUUAUUCUAAUGGACGAUGUCGUUAUAUUUGCUUACCGAAUGAUGGUGGUAGAUCACGUACAUGUGUAUGUCCUGAUAAUGAGCCUGGAUGUCAUAAAGAAAUGUAA